UAUGCCUAUAUAUACUUCUGUUCUUGGUUGCCAAUAGGCCCCUCCUUUUUCAUAGCAAACAGUUAAUGACUAAGAUAAGUGCUUGAGAUCACAAGUUCAUUUGGUGAAGUCCUGAGUAUAUUUAGUCAUAUAAAGUUACGAGCUUAUCUCCUCCAUGUCAUUACUAAGCUUCAUAACUCUCAUUUCACGGCCUACUCUUGAUGGAUUGUUUAAAUUGUAAUAAUUUUUAUGAUAAUUUACAUGAACCAGAGAGAACGCACAGGGAAGUAAGCCACAAAGCUGAGAUCAUGAAUGAAGUUCUACCUAACUCAUUAGAUCUUCAAGAACUCAUCUGGCCUCAUGAGAUGAAUGCAAACUACAAAGAAACGGAUCAAGAUUUUUUUCAGCAGCAAGAAGAAAUUUUUGCUUCUGAUCAGUUGCUUCCUCUUCCUCUGAUCACUAGCCGUUCUGAAGACCUGCAACUCCUCAGAAAUAUUCUAACUUUUAGUUCAACCUGUAGCAAUGUUUCUUCUGUCGAGUCUGACAAACAUCCUUAUUCCUUCAGUGAUCAGAGAAUAGAUUCAAAUAUAAAGCCUGUCACGAGAAGGUGUGAAGAUUCUUGUAAUCCAUUGAAGUCCAAGAAGGCUAAACUUGACUGCCCUAAGCUUGAGAGUAUUGAUUUCCAAGGAGAAGGCAGAGAGGAGAUUGAUGGCGAGGCAAUUGCUCAGGUGAAGGAAAUGAUAUACAGAGCUGCAGCAUUGAGGCCUGUAAGCUUAGGGGUGGAGGAGAUUGUGGAGAAGCCAAGAAGAAAGAACUUGAAGAUAUCGAGUGACCCACAGACCACGGCAGCGAGGCACCGUAGGGAGAGGAUCAGUGAGAGGCUAAGAGUGUUGCAGAGGCUCGUUCCUGGUGGCAGGAAAAUGGACACUGCCUCCAUGCUUGAUGAGGCUGCCAGUUAUCUAAAGUUCUUGAAAGCACAAGUCACUGCUUUGGAAAAGAAUAGUCAUGGAAGUAGCCCUGGUGACAUGAAGAUUGUUGGUCUUAAUUGUUGUAGUGGAGUGCUUCCCUUUCCAGUUACUUUAAGUCAUUACUCUUCUCCUAAGCAAAAAUGUAUUUUCCCCCUCCCAAGCCAGUAAGGCACUAAUGCAAUGGUUCAUGCUCUCAAAAUGGCUGAAGGCCUAGAAGUUCUAUUUCA